GGCCGGGGCGGGGCCGGGCCGCCCGAUUCCACCGGCUCCGGGGCCCGACCUCAGCCUCUCCCGGCCCCGGGCCGCCGCCGCCGCAUCUCCAACAGGGGCCCCCCGACUCGCCGCUGGAUCAGUCCGGCGCCGAGUCGCGGAGCCCCGCAGGACACCCCCGUGGGGUCUCCGAGCGGCCUCCCUCGUCCCCAAACUAGCACGCAACUUUCCCUUCUUCCCGGGGCUGCGGCUGCGGCCGCUCCCGGACCCCCCCACCCCCCACCCCCCCGGUCACGCUCCCUGCGCCGGUUCGCGCUGCGGUGCCCGCCGGGUUCCCCCGAGCGCCGCGCGACGCGGUGCGGCGCGCGAGAUGCCCCUGGGACACAGCAUGAGGCUGGAUCUGGAAAAAAUCGCCCUGGAGUAUAUCGUGCCGUGUCUGCACGCGGUCGGUUUUUGCUACCUGGAUAACUUCCUGGGCGAGGUAGUGGGCGACUGUGUCCUGGAGCGCGUCAAGCAGCUGCACGGCGACGGGGUCCUGCGCGACGGGCAGCUGGCGGGGCCGCGCGCCGGCGUCUCCAAGCGGCACCUGCGGGGUGACCAGAUCGCGUGGAUCGGGGGCAACGAGGAAGGCUGCGAGGCCAUCAGCUUCCUGCUGUCCCUUCUCGACAGGCUGGUCCUGUGCUGCGGGAGCCGGCUGGGCAAGUACUACGUCAAGGAGAGGUCCAAGGCAAUGGUGGCUUGCUACCCAGGAAAUGGAACCGGUUAUGUUCGACAUGUUGACAACCCCAACGGUGAUGGCCGCUGUAUCACCUGCAUCUACUAUUUGAACAAGAAUUGGGAUGCCAAGCUACAUGGUGGGGUCCUACGGAUAUUUCCAGAAGGGAAAUCAUUUAUAGCAGAUGUGGAACCCAUUUUUGACAGACUCCUGUUCUUCUGGUCAGACCGCAGGAACCCACAUGAAGUUCAGCCUUCCUAUGCCACCAGAUAUGCUAUGACCGUUUGGUACUUUGAUGCUGAAGAAAGAGCAGAAGCCAAGAAGAAAUUCAGGAAUUUAACUAGGAAAUCUGAAUCUGCCCUCACUGAAGAUUGACUGUGCUGGAAAGUAUACAGGCCUUACUCAUUUUAGCAAUGGUUCUUGAAUUUUUUAAGCUUUGAGUUCCAAAAAUGGCCUCUUCUAUGACUCGAACUUCCCCUCACUGCUUGCAUUGAUCACAUCCCUGUCUUGCCUAUGGUACUUUGUGGUUUUUUUUUUUUUUUGACAAGACUACAUCAGUCUUCAGAUACUGUCUUAGCCAGAUGGACUCAUUUGCCAACUCCAGAAAUACCUGCAGAUGAUCUACCUGGCUGGUGGUUUAACUGAUAGAUUGGGUGAUGCUGGCUCUCCAAAACAAGAGCCCAGAAGCAUGGGCGAGGGAAUGACUCUUAUUUGCACUUUAUCUAUGAUUCCUGAAUUGAAACACGGAGGUUGCAGAAGAAGAAGAAGAAGAAGAAGAA